AUGGUCCGUCAGCUGAAGUAUCACGAAAAGAAGCUCCUCCGCAAGGUCGACUUCUACAACUACAAAUCCGACGGCGGCCACCGCGAACAUGAGGUCCGCCAACGCUACUACCUCCAAAACGACGUCGACUACAAAAAAUACAACGCCCUCUGCGGCUCCCUUCGACAACUGGCCCAUAAACUCUCCCAACUGGACCCGGACAGCGACGCUCUCCGAAAGAAGACCGAAAGCGAUGUUCUCGAUAAACUGUGGCGCAUGGGGAUCCUGAAACAGAGUCGGGAGCAGGGAGCGGGGUUGUCAAGGGUUGAGCGUGAGGUGACGGUUUCGGCGUUUUGUAGACGGCGGUUGGCAGUUUUUAUGGCGCGGAGUGGGAUGGUGGAGAAUGUUAAGACGGCUGUUACGUUUAUCGAGCAGGGUCAUGUGCGGGUUGGGAGUGAGGUUGUGACUGAUCCUGCUUAUUUGGUGACGAGGAAUAUGGAGGAUUUCGUCACCUGGGUGGAUAGCAGUAAGAUUAAGAGGAACAUCAUGCAGUAUCGGGAUAAAUUGGACGAUUUUGAUAUGCUGUGA